ACCCGUACCAUACAAAGCAGAGGGUUAAGGUGGAGCUAUAGCUAGAGUUAGUUGGGUUUGCUUCGUGUUCGCAUCCUCAAGGGAAUCGGCGGUCAGUGUCAUUGGCGUCAGGACAAGAAGACCAGACAAGAAAUACCGGUUUUGCUGGCAGGCUCAUCGUAAGCAUCCGAAAUGAGGCGUACCACUGCGAUAUGCGUCGUGCUCGUCCUGGCUUCAGGGGCCGUCCUAGCCGAAGAUGGCGACUUGGACUCCCUCAUCAACAGCCUGUUCACUCCGGAACCACCGGGGAAGGUCGAGACGAGUUCGAUGGCUCCCGUGCCUCCGGCACCGCCCGUUGGAUCGCAGGGUAACUGUGAGCAUGGUCAACGGUGCGUUCAGAAGUAUCUCUGCACCAACGCGAGCACAUCCGGCGAGGGUCUGAUCGAUAUUCGAUUCAACGAUGACAACCCUUGCGUGGACUAUUUGCUGCAGUGCUGUUACGAGGAGGACAUUAUCCACGCUCCAAUACCCCCACCAACGCCGACUCCACCGACGGUCCCAGUCAUGAACGAACCAGCAUGCGGCAAGCGCAACCCGGACGGUAUUGGAUUCCGCAUUACCGGUUCCAAGGACAGCGAGUCCGAGUACGGUGAGUUCCCGUGGAUGAUGGCAGUGUUGAAGCAGGAAGCCGCGCUCGAUCAGGUCGUGAAUGUGUUCCUCUGCGGUGGCUCGUUGAUUCACCCAAGGGUGGUCCUUACCGGUGCUCACUGCGUGCAGAACAAGUCACCCCAGCAGCUGAAGGUUCGCGGAGGUGAAUGGGACACGCAAACCAAAAACGAAAUCCAUCCCCAUCAAGACCGUAACGUGGCCGAGGUCAUCGUCCAUCCGGAGUACUACAAGGGUGGCCUGUACAACGAUGUUGCCCUGCUCAUCAUGGACGCUCCCUUCAACCUAGAUGAGGGCAUCCAAACAGUCUGCCUGCCUCCUCAGGAUGCCAAGUUCGAUCACCAGCGCUGCUUAGCUUCCGGCUGGGGCAAGGACGUGUUCGGCAAGGCCGGAUCCUACCAGGCCAUCCUCAAGAAGAUCGAACUUCCGAUCGUCCCCUCAGCCCAGUGCCAAUCCGCCCUCCGCUCAACCCGCGUUGGACCCAAAUUCGUCCUACACAAUAGCUUUAUCUGCGCCGGUGGAGAAAAGGGCAAGGACACCUGCAAGGGAGACGGAGGUUCCCCCCUGGUCUGCCCCAUCCAAGGCUCGUACCAACACUACUAUCAGGUCGGGCUCGUUGCCUGGGGCAUCGGCUGUGGGGAGAACCAAAUUCCCGGAGUGUACGCCGACGUGGCACACUUCCGGAACUGGAUCGACCAGCAGCUGCAUACGCGCCAAAUCGACACGAAAAGUUACACUCCAAAUGAAAAUAGAAAACAUGUUUGUGUCAACCAAGGCAAAAAGAACCGGUUUAAAGUACGAUUAGAACUUAAGCCAACCGCGAUGCUGCUGCGGCUACCGACCGUUGCCACGUUGGUGGUGGUGGCCCUGCUUGGGUUCUCCCAGGCUCAGGACGAUCUGGACGCGCUGUUCGAGUCGGUGUUCAACAACCCCGAUACCAGCUCCAACCUGGCUCCAGUUCCAACGACAGCCGCACCGUUACCUCCUCCGCCGCCAUCGGCGGGUCAACCACAGGCCCCGAUCGCUCCAAUUCCACCGCAACAUGAGCCGGUUUAUACUUGCAACGGUGAGUGCGUCCCGUACUACUUGUGCAACAAUAAUGAAAUCAUCACCGACGGAACGGGCAUCAUCGACAUCCGCGUUGGUGAGGACACCACCCAGGAGAACGAGUGCCCCAACUACCUGGAUACUUGCUGCGAAAAGAGUGACGUGCUGAUUGAGCCACCACCAACGGCGACCCAGGCUCCACCACCAAACAACCAGUACGGAUGUGGUCAGCGUAACGCCGAUGGUCUCGGCUUCCGCAUCACCGGAAACAAGGCAGGAGAGUCCGAGUACGGCGAGUUCCCCUGGAUGGUGGCUGUCCUGCGCGAAGACAAGGUCAUGGACUCGACGUUGAACGUGUACGAGUGCGGAGGUUCGCUGAUCGCCCCCAACGUCGUCCUGACCGCGGCCCAUUGCGUUGCCACCAAGCAGCGCGAGACCCUCGUUGUCCGUGGAGGAGAAUGGGACACCCAGACCAAGAACGAACUGUACCCGCACCAGGACCGUCGUGUGCGCGAGGUCAUCGUCCACGAGAAGCUCAACAAGGGCUCGCUGGCCAACGAUAUUGCUCUGCUCAUUCUCGAACAACCGUUCGACCUGGCCGAAAACAUCCAGCCAGCCUGUCUGCCCCCGAAGAACACCAAGUUUGACGGCGCCAACUGCUUUGCCUCCGGCUGGGGCAAGAACAUCUUCGGCAAGGAGGGCAAAUACCAGGUCAUCCUGAAGAAGGUCCAACUGCCGGUCGUCGCCCACGACAAGUGCCAGGCGUCCCUUCGCAAGACCCGUCUCGGCAACCGUUUCCGUCUGGACCCGAGCUUCGUGUGUGCCGGUGGCCGUGCCGGAGAGGAUACUUGCCGUGGUGAUGGAGGUUCGCCGCUGGUGUGUCCCAUCCAAGGAUCUCCGACGCACUACUAUCAGGCCGGUAUCGUUGCGUGGGGUAUUGGCUGCGGAGAGGACAACGUGCCCGGAGUGUACGUCAACGUGCCGCUGUUCCGCGACUGGAUCGAUCAGCAGCUGGCGACGCGCAAGGUCGAGGCCAAGCACUACACGUACUCGGGUUAGAGCUAGGAGUGCAUGAGAUUUGUGAAGGACAUUUUUUUUUAUACUUUAAGACGAUCGGAGAAUACAAAGUCAGUAAACGUUAAAACUAGACAACCUACAAAAAUAAACGAUUUUGAAAAUUAA